AUGGCAGGGCUAGCUGUUCAUGGGUUGGUUUCAAGACUCGGUCUUUUCGCGCGAAACUCCACAGUUGGGGUCAUCUUUUGUUUGCGUAAUGUGAGAGUGAGAAGGGUUUGGAGUGUCUUUGUGAGAUGCAUAGGGUUGGUGGAGAUGGGGAGAAACCAAAGAUAUAGAGAUGUUCUAUCAUGGACGCCGGUUAUUGGUGCUUAUGCUAGAGCUGGUUGCUUGCUUUCAGGGUUUAGAAAAUUGACAACUAUCAAUGAAGGAAAGGCAUUUCUGGGACUAAUCAUAAGGCAAAACUAUGGAUCAACACAGAUGGUUUAUAGUGAACUGGUAUCCAUGUACUGCAAGUUUGGGUUAUUGACUCUUGCAGAGAAGAUUUUUAAUGAAGUGCAGCAAUGGGAGAAAGAGUGUUGUAAUAAUAUGAUAUGCAACUAUGCUAAGUUGGGGCAAAUCCAUCGUGGCCAAUCAGUUCAUGGCUACAUCAUUAAGGUUUCAAUGGAUGGCAAUGUCUCAGUAGCUAAUUCACUCAUAGACAUGUAUGGAAAGAGUGAAGAGGUGAAACCCAACUCAGCAACAUUUGUAACGGUGCUUUCUGCUUGCUCUCAUCUUGCAUCUCUUAAAGAAGGAGAGGAGGGCGCUGGUAAACUGCAAGAAGCUAAAGAUUUGGUUCUGUCAAUGCCCAUUGCUCCUGAUGGUGGUGUGUGGGGAUUUCUGUUAGGUGCCUGUAAGAUUCACAAUAAUAUUGAAAUAGGUGCAAGGGUUGCUAAGCAUGCUAUAGAAUCUGAUCCAGAAAAUGACGGCUACCAUGUAAUGCUUUCCAAUCUCUAUAGUUCCAUUGGAAGGUGGGAUGAUGCUAUUAGUGUGAGAAAAAUGAUGGAGGAGAAAGUUGUGGGAAAGAUUUGCAUGGAGUGUGGUCUAACUUGGGUAAUCAUUUUCACCCAUGGACUUGAUAAGUUUACUAGGGGAUAA